AUGGAGGAGGAGGCUAGGGUUUCCGGGAACACUGGGACUGGGAAUGGCUCGGAGGCCAUUCGAGAUUCCUCCUACUGGCUCGAUGCUUGUGAGGACAUAUCAUGUGAUGUAAUUGGUGAUUUGGUUGAUUUCUGCGACGCUCCAAUUGGUGGCCCUCCAGUGUUGGCUAGCGGCAAUGGCUGCAGCCAGGAGGAGGAUGGUCUGGUGAGCGAUUUUUUCGGGGGAAUUGAUCACAUUCUUGACAGUAUCAAGAGCGGAGCUGGCCUCCCCGGCGUGAUUGAUCCGAAUUUGAAUGCCAAUGCCAAUGGUGUUAUUGGCAAUGCUGCUGUGGAGGGUUGCUUUCAGAUGGAGGCAUCCAGGGUUUCAAAGACGGUGGAAGUUAAUGGCUCGGUUGGGCUCAAUGGUGAAACCGGUGGGAGGAAUGUGGAUAUUGCUAAUGGAGACACUAAGGGUGAUCGAAAUGGUUAUCAUAAGUAUGAGAAGGGUAGAGGCAAUGGGGUUGUGAGGAGGAGAGAGAUGAAUGGUGAAGAGAGAUGUCCCAAGAGGGUUGCUUUGGAUAAUGGCAGGAAUGAGAGGUAUUUUGCUUCAGGCAGAAUGCAACAUCACAUGAGGGAGAAUAGUUAUAGUAGGAAGAGGCCUCGUGAUUCAGAGGAUAUUGAUUGGAGGGAUAGAGAUAGAGAUAGGGAUAGAGAUCGGACUAGGAGAAGAGAGAAUUAUGGUAGUAAUAAUAGGAGGGAAGGUGGUAGAGAUAGGGAGGCAAAGGGUUAUUGGGAGAGGGAUAAGUUGGGAACGAAUGAUAUUGUUUUUCGAAUAGGGCCUUACGAACCUGAUCAUAACAAAGAAGGGAAGAUUACUGAUGUCAAAAACCAGGAAUGCAAUGGGAAGGCUGAGAAGAAACCCGAAGAGGCAAAGAAGAGAAAUACAAUAGCUUUUCUUGAAACAGGGGCGGGAAAGACACUCAUUGCCGUUCUCCUCAUCCAAAGUAUUUGCAAUGAUAUGCAAAAGCAGAACAAGAAGAUGCUCUCUGUAUUUUUAGUUCCUAAAGUUCCCCUUGUUUAUCAGCAAGCAGAAGCUAUUCGUGAGCGAACUGGUUAUGAAGUGGGCCAUUAUUGUGGUGAGAUGGGUCAAGAUUUCUGGGACACCCGAAGAUGGCAGCGUGAGUUCGACACAAAACAGGUUCUGGUGAUGACAGCCCAAAUUCUGUUGAACAUUCUGAGGCACAGCAUUAUAAAAAUGGAAUCAAUCAAUCUCUUGAUUCUGGAUGAGUGUCAUCACGCUGUGAAGAAACAUCCAUAUUCUUUAGUGAUGUCUGAGUUCUAUCACACAACCCCAAAGGAGAAGAGACCAUCUGUAUUUGGAAUGACUGCUUCUCCUGUUAACUUAAAGGGUGUUUCCAGCCAAGUAGAUUGUGCAAUAAAGAUUCGUAAUCUCGAAAGUAAACUAGAUUCCAUCGUUUGUACCAUAAAAGACCGUAAGGAGCUUGAAAAGCAUGUUCCAACGCCCUCCGAAAUUGUGGUGCAGUAUGACAAAGCAGCCAGCUUAUGGUCCCUUCAUGAGCAGCUAAAACAAAUGGAAGGGGAAGUUGAAGAAGCUGCAAAGUCUAGCUCUAGAAAAAGCAAAUGGCAGUUUAUGGGAGCUAGAGAUGCUGGGGCUAAGGAAGAGCUGCGCCAAGUUUAUGGUGUUUCCGAAAGAACAGAAAGUGAUGGGGCUGUGAACUUAAUUCAAAAGUUGAGGGCUAUCAAUUAUGCACUCGGUGAACUGGGUCAAUGGUGUGCUUACAAGGUUGCACAAUCUUUCUUGACAGCUCUGCAAAAUGAUGAGAGGGCAAACUACCAGCUUGAUGUCAAGUUUCAAGAAUCCUACCUGAGUAAAGUUGUAUCUCUCUUACAAUGUCAUCUAUCGGAGGGAGCUGUUUCUGACAAGGAAGCAAAAUUAGCAGAUUCUGGAAGUGCUUUUUCUUGCGAUGAAAAUGACCCUGAUGAAAUGGAAGAAGGAGAGCUACCUGAUAGCCAUGUUGUCUCUGGUGGGGAGCAUGUAGAUGUGGUAAUAGGCGCUGCUGUAGCUGAUGGGAAGGUGACUCCAAAAGUGCAGUCACUGAUUAAAGUACUUCUCAAGUAUCAGCAUACAGAAGAUUUUCGUGCAAUCAUCUUUGUGGAGCGAGUUGUGUCUGCUUUAGUCCUUCCUAAGGUAUUCGCAGAACUUCCUUCUUUAGGUUUUAUUGAGUGUGCAAGCUUGAUCGGGCACAACAAUAGUCAGGAAAUGCGAAGUUGCCAAAUGCAGGAUACUAUUGCCAAAUUCCGGGAUGGUCGUGUCACAUUAUUAGUUGCCACUAGUGUUGCUGAGGAAGGACUUGAUAUUCGGCAGUGCAAUGUUGUUAUUCGCUUCGACCUUGCAAAAACUGUUUUGGCUUACAUUCAGUCUAGGGGUCGUGCUAGAAAACCUGGGUCGGAUUACAUCUUGAUGGUGGAGAGGGGAAAUCUGUCGCAUGAAGCAUUCUUAAGGAAUGCCAGGAAUAGCGAGGAGACUUUACGGAAAGAAGCAAUAGAGAGAACUGACCUGAGUCAUCUGAAGGAUACUUCUAGGUUAAUUUCAGUGGACACAACACCAGGUACAGUGUACCAGGUCGAGUCAACUGGUGCUGUUGUUAGCUUAAAUUCUGCUGUUGGGCUCAUCCAUUUCUACUGCUCUCAGCUUCCCAGUGACAGGUAUUCAAUUCUUCGUCCUGAGUUUGUCAUGGUGAGGCAUGAGAAGCUAGGAGGUCCCACAGAAUAUUCAUGCAAACUUCAACUCCCUUGUAAUGCACCAUUUGAGACACUUGAGGGUCCCGUGUGUAGUUCAAUGCACCUUGCACAACAGGCUGUUUGUUUGGCUGCUUGCAAGAAACUCCAUGAAAUGGGAGCAUUUACCGACAUGCUCUUGCCAGACAAGGGAAGUGGGGAAGAAAAAGAACAGGUUGACCAGACUGAUGAAGGUGAUCCACUUCCUGGGACUGCUAGGCACAGAGAGUUCUAUCCUGAAGGCAUAGCUAAUAUUCUACAGGGAGAAUGGAUCUUAUCCAGAAGAGAUUUGGGCAGUGACUCCAAAUUGGUUCAUGUUUACAUGUAUGGUGUGAAAUGUGUAGACGUUGGCUCUUCAAAAGAUCCAUUCUUGACUCAAGUUUCGGAUUUUGCAGUUCUAGUAGGCAAAGAACUGGAUGCAGAGGUGUUAUCGAUGUAUAUGGAUCUAUUUAUCGCUCGAACCAUGACUACAAAGGUGUCCCUUGUCUUCAAGGGUUCAAUAGAUAUUACUGAAAGUCAGUUGGCAUCCCUUAAAAGUUUUCAUGUGAGAUUGAUGAGUAUUGUACUGGAUGUGGAUGUUGAACCUUCCACCACUCCUUGGGAUCCUGCAAAGGCUUAUUUGUUUGUUCCUGUGGUCGGUGAUAAAUUUGUAGAUCCUAUGAAAGAAAUUGAUUGGGAUCUGGUUGAAAAUAUAAAUGGUGCAGAUGCUUGGAACAAUCCCCUUCAAAGAGCUCGACCAGAUGUUUACCUUGGCACAAAUGAGCGUACACUAGGUGGAGACAGAAGGGAGUAUGGUUUUGGGAAAUUGCGUAAUGGCAUGGCUUUUGGGCAAAAAUCCCAUCCAACCUAUGGUAUCAGAGGUGCUGUGGCACGGUUUGAUGUUGUUAAAGCUUCUGGAUUGGUACCAGAUCGGGAUGCCCUUGAAAUGAGAAAGCAUAUGGAUUUGCCCAAAGGCAAGUUAAUUAUGGCAGAUACUUGUAGCAGUGUCAAAGACUUGGUAGGGAGGAUUGUGACAGCUGCUCACUCAGGAAAGAGGUUUUAUGUGGAUUCAAUAUGCUAUGAUAUGACUGCAGAAAACUCUUUCCCAAGGAAAGAAGGCUACCUUGGCCCUCUGGAGUACAGCUCAUAUGCUGAUUAUUACAAGCAAAAGUAUGGAGUUGAGUUGGUUUAUAAACAACAACCUCUAAUAAGAGGACGUGGUGUCUCAUAUUGUAAGAAUCUCCUGUCUCCUCGAUUUGAACACAUGGAAGAAGAGACUCUUAGACACAAACGUAACUAUGUUUUCCUCCCUCCUGAGCUGUGUUUAGUACACCCACUGCCCGGAUCACUUGUCCGUGGAGCCCAGAGAUUGCCCUCGAUAAUGAGAAGGGUUGAAAGCAUGCUGCUUGCAGUUGAACUUAAAGAUAUAAUAAAUUAUCCUAUCCCUGCUUCAAAGAUCUUGGAAGCCUUGACAGCAGCUUCAUGCCAGGAGACGUUUUGCUAUGAAAGAGCAGAGCUUCUUGGUGAUGCUUACCUGAAAUGGGUUGUUAGUCGAUUUCUCUUUCUCAAAUACCCUCAGAAACAUGAGGGUCAGCUUACUAGGAUGAGGCAACAAAUGGUGAGUAACAUGGUUUUAUAUCAGUAUGCAUUGAAGAAAGGACUUCAAUCAUAUAUCCAAGCAGAUCGCUUUUCUCCAUCUCGGUGGGCUGCUCCUGGGGUCUUGCCUGUCUUUGAUGAGUAUACGAAGGAUGAAGAAUCAUCCUUGUUUGAUCACGAGGAUGGGCCUGUAGGUGAAAUCAAUCGCUCUGGUGAUGCAUAUGAGGAUGAUGAGCUAGAGGAUGGUGAGCUUGAGAGCGACUCAAGUUCUUAUAGAGUCCUCUCUAGCAAGACACUUGCAGAUGUUGUCGAAGCACUUAUUGGAGUUUAUUAUGUAGAAGGUGGGAAAAACGCUGCUAACCAUCUCAUGAAAUGGAUUGGAAUUGAGGUAGAGUUUAAUCCUGAUGGGGUAGAGAGCACACCGAAGUCAUCUACCGUUCCAGAGAAUGUACUUAGGAGUGUCAACUUUGAUGCCUUAGAGGGUGCUUUGAAUAUCAAAUUUAAAGAUAGGGGCCUUUUGGUAGAAGCCAUUAGUCAUGCGUCCCGACCGUCUGCUGGAGUGUCCUGCUAUCAGCGAUUGGAGUUUGUUGGUGAUGCCGUCUUAGAUCAUCUCAUUACAAGGCAUUUGUUCUUCACGUACACAAAUCUGCCUCCAGGCAGGUUGACUGACCUGCGAGCUGCUGCUGUUAACAAUGAAAAUUUUGCACGUGUUGCUGUAAAACAUAAACUCCAUCUACACCUUCGGCAUGGGUCAAGUGCCCUUGAAAAACAGAUUCAUGACUUUGUGAAGGAAGUGCAAAAUGAAUUAUCAAAGCCAGGGUUCAACUCCUUUGGUUUGGGAGAUUGCAAAGCUCCAAAGGUUCUUGGGGACAUUUUUGAAUCUAUUGCGGGUGCCAUUUUUCUUGACAGCGGACGUGAUACUGCAGUUGUUUGGAAGGUCUUUCAACCUCUAUUGCACCCAAUGGUUACUCCAGAGACACUCCCAAUGCAUCCUGUGCGAGAGCUGCAAGAAAGAUGCCAGCAGCAGGCUGAAGGCUUGGAAUACAAAGCCACUCGAAGUGGAAAUUUGGCUACUGUCGAAGUUUUCAUUGAUGGCAUCCAGAUGGGAAUUGCUCAGAAUCCGCAAAAGAAGAUGGCGCAGAAACUGGCUGCUAGGAAUGCACUUGCUGCUUUGAAAGAUAAGGAAACAGCUGAAGCAAAUGAGAAGGAGGAGGAGAAUGGGAAGAAGAAGAAGAACGGUAGCCAAACAUUUACCCGACAAACCUUAAAUGACAUCUGCUUGCGAAAAAAUUGGCCCAUGCCAUUCUACCGGUGUGUGAAUGAAGGUGGCCCUGCACAUGCAAAGAGGUUCACGUUUGCUGUACGUGUGAAUACCACCGACAGGGGACAGACAGAUGAAUGCGUGGGAGAGCCUAUGCCCAGUGUUAAGAAGGCCAAGGACUCGGCGGCAGUUCUUCUCUUGGAACUUUUAAAUAAGUUAUACGCGUGA